CACGCCCGUCCGUCCCGCAUUCGCUUUUGUUUAUCAAAACUUCAUUCACCGUGUUAACACGUGCAAUCAAAUUCGUUAAAUUUAUGUGGAAUAAUAAUUAUUAGAGCUUUAAGUAGCUAAAUAACUACUAUUUGUGUUGAUAACAGAUAAAUCUAACAAUUUCUAGUGCUGGUAUGUUCAAGAGUUUUGAAGACAACAUGGUGAAAGCGAAGAAAAAUCACAUCGACUCCGAUGCACUGCUGAAGAAGAAAUCCCUUCAAGGCGUGAAAAAGCCUAAUCCCUUCGAGAUUCAAACGAGCAAAGCCAAGUUUACCAUUUUAAACAGGGACUCGCAACCGAACCGCCGAUUUGCCGGGAUCCCUGGCGUCCAGAGGGCACGGGCCAUUGAAAAACGGAAACAAACGCUCGGGCAGGAGUUUCUGCUCAAGAACAAAAGCAAUCGUUUCACGGAUCAGCGCAAAGAUGGACGAAACAUGAGUCGGGAUCAAAUGGCCACGGAACGUAAAUCGGCGGCCACCCGACGGAAGGAACUGUACAAUCUGAACGACACGGUCAAGCUGACGCAUCGUGGACAAACGCUGGAGGAAAUCGAACGGUUUGAUGAUGCGGUGGAUAAUGAUGACGAUUCUGACGACGAUGGAGGACAGCUGGAAGCGGACUUUAUGGAAGCGGCACAUUUCGGAGGCGGCGAGGAAGAUGGAGAGGAUCGUGGCAGGGAUCGUAAAACAGUAAUCGAGGAAAUGAUUGCCGAGUCGAAGCGCCGCAAAGCGGAAAAACAACGCGAAAAUGACGAAGUGUACGAAAUGACACAAAAACUAGAUCAAAACUGGCAGAGUCUCAUGUCAGUUGUUGGAGACCAUAUGAAGGGGGACAGCGUUCGGCCACAGCUGGACGAUUACGACAAAAUUAUGCGGGAAAUGAUCUUCGAACGAAGAGGAGCUCCGGCAGACAAGCUGAAAUCAGAGGAAGAGCUAGCCAACAUCGAGAAACAGAAGCUAGAAAAGCUGGAACGAGAAAGAUUGGCAAGAAUGAAGGGGGAUGAUGUGGAAGCUAAGGGGAAUCAUCGGUCGGCGGAUGAUUUGGACGAUGGAUAUUUGUUGCAGCCGAUUGAUGGUAACGAAGAAGCAUCUUACAAUGAAGCAGAUGUAGACGCCGAAGAUGGACUCUACAAUCCACGCCAAAUUAGUGAAGAAGGCAAGGAAGAUAAGGCCGACGUGGAAGAUGAGUCGGAUGAUGAAGACUCGGAGGCUGGAUCAGAAGAUGAAGUAUCUGAAGAUGAAUCAGAAGACGGCGUCGACAAUCUUUCUGACCUCAAAGAAGAUUCCGAGAGUGAAGAGGAAGUUGCGGCCACAGAAAUGAAUAAACAAUCGAAACAGCCAGAUCCGGAGACUCAAGCGGCCAAGCAAGCUCGGGAAAAAGCAGAAGCCGAGUUGCCAUUUACAUUUGAGCUGCCUCGAAAGUACGAACAGUUGGAAGAACUACUGCAGCGACGAUCAUCGGCAGAACAACUCGUCAUCCUUGAUAGAAUGGUUAAGUCAAACAAUGCAAAGUUUUCUCGCGAAAACAAACAAAAAAUGGUGUCGCUUUAUGCAUUUUUGCUUCAACAUCUAAACGACCUUUUCGCAGCUGUCGGACUGGAAUCGCUUCAUGACAAUUUCCGCCUUCUGGAUGGCCUGUCACCGUUUCUCUACGAUCUUGCCAAGAUAAACCCAACGGAAACGUCCCAAUGUUUCUUGGAUGUAAUCAAAGAAAAACAGGAAGAGUAUCGUAAAAAACCUCGACUGUAUCCUCAUUUGGAUAGCCUGAUUUUCCUUAAACUAGUCCCCGUAUUGUUCUCUGCAUCGGAUUUCCGCCAUCCCGUUGUAACUCCAGCGCUUGUGUUCAUCAGUCAGCUUCUGUCCAGGUGCCAGGUGCGAAAUCGGAAAGAUGUCACCUCCGGUCUGUUCCUCGUUAUGACGGUUCUCGAAUGCGUCGAACAGUCCAAACGGUUCCUCCCAGCAGCGAUAAACUUCCUAAACGGAGUCCUGUAUCUAUGCUUUCGGAAACGUUCGAUCACCGUAGUUCCAGUGGUGCCACCAUUCAAAUCGUCUGCGCCGUUGAAUAAUUUGCUAGCUCUGGACGAGAGUACCAAAAACUGCGACGAAAAGGAAUACGCCCUACACUGUGAGGAUUUCUUCAUUGAAGAUGUAGACGAUUCAUUCAAGUUACGAACGUUGAGCGCAGCUCUGGAGAUGAUCGCUAGAUCCUUCCGGCAGUUGCGCGAUACUUCAGCCGUUCACCAGCUGUCCAUCGAAGUCAUACGAAGUCUGGAACGCCUCGACGAGGAACUACUCCCGGCGGUUCUUAAAGUUUCGCUCAACGAAACGCUAAAUACAGUGAAGGCGCUACAUCUGCGACCCCUCCUGUUCCUGCUUGCCACGGAACAGAAACCGAAACCACUGCGGCUGUUGGAGCCGAAGAUUGAAGCCGUGUACGACGAUAUACGUCGAAGGCCGAAGAACCAGCAGCUCUCCGAUCGUGACAAGCGCCGAAAGCUUCAGCAGAAAGUUAAGAAAGAAUCCCGCGCUGCAGCACGUGAAAUCAGACAGGAUAACGAGUUUAUCGCCAAAUUACAGUUCAAACAGCGGGCAGCCAGCGACCGCGAGCGGAGGGAGAAAGUCAAACGGAUAUUCUCCGACGCCACUACGCAGCAAGGCGAGCUUAAGUCGCUCGACCGGAAGGCCAAAUACAAGAAGUGAACUACAGGCGCAAUGCACGCUUGUCGCUUGUAGAAGAAAAAUAAAAGAUCAUGUAAGUAAUUUAAAA